AUGGGUCCAACUGCGCGAGUGGCGGUCCUCGGGGGGGGGUGGGUGACCGGGGCGCGGGGGUUCAGUAGGGGGGGGGGAGGGGGGGGGGGGCGGGGGCGGGGUGGGCUGGCUGGGGGGGGGGGUGGAGGGGGAGGGCGGCGGCGGGGGGGGUAUGGGGGGGGGACUGGGGUGGGCGGCGUGCGGGGGGUGGCUGUGGGGGUCACGUGCAUGGGGGGCUUUCGGUGGGGGGGGUCUGCGGGCACUCCGUGGGGGCCGGGGACGUGCGGGGGGUUUGGUGUGUAG